AUGACAGCAGAGCUCGCUCUUCCAGCGCCGCUCCCGUGUCAAACGUGUGCCACCGUGGACGAGAUCACCUUUACUUGCAUACAAUGUAACAACCUCGCUUUUUGCGACACUUGCUGGUCUAAAUGGAUCUUGCACACGCCUGGUGCUGUUGGAUGGAAUGGAAAGCCGCAUGAGAAAGCCGAUCCGCUUGUGGUCGGUCGGCUCCGUCAAAUUUUAGAGCCGAUGCGUACGGAAGAAGAACACGAAGCCGAAUUACUAGAAGAUCAAGACACAACGUGGUUCGGAUAUGGUCGCGAUGCGUCAAAUCAUCCCCAGCUAUACGGUACACACACGGAGGAGACAGGCGAGCGGUAUCCCCAGUUGGCAUCAUUUAUUGGCGAGACAGGUGCUGGGAAAAGCACUCUGAUCAAGUUGCUUAUUGAUCGCCAGGACCUAGUAUCACCCCAAGGGUCUAAGUACUACUCUCCAGUAACGUCGUCUAAUCAAGACCGAAUCUCGACUACGGGUGACGUGCACCUCUACGCGGACCCUUCCACAUUGCACGCGUCAAGUCCUUUGCUUUUUGUUGACUGUGAAGGCCUCAGUGGCGGCGAGGCUGCGCCCAAGCAGCUGAGACAGGCGCAAGACCCUGUGUCAUCGUCAUCACACCCAACCUCCAACUACACACGACGAUACGCAGCAUCAAGAAGGAUUGAAUGGGCACAAACACCCCAAACCCAGAAACGCGAAUUUGCCGUCAGCCAGCUAUAUCCGAGGAUUCUCUACAUAUUUUCAGACGUGGUUUGUUUUGUGUUGCGCAACGCCCGUUCAUUCGAAUCGACCGUGCUGCACAAGUUGAUUAAAUGGGGUGCUGCCUCUAUAGACAAGUCGAUCAACCAGCCCGUGCUUCCGCAUUGUAUUAUAUGCCUGAAUGCCACAGACGUCAAUGUCGAUGAAAAGGAGUGGGAUGUCACUAAGGCCACGCAAAUGUUUCUAUCCGACAUCAGCGGUGCAAUUCAUCGGGAGCCCGUUCUUCAGCAGUAUGCCCAAAUUUGGCGCCAACGGGGGAGGUAUCUUAAUACUACCAAGGAGCUCCUUGAGUGCUAUUAUGCCUCGAUUAGCGUUGUUCGAGUGCCUUAUAAGGGAUCCUACAUGUUGAUGAACGAACAGGCUAGUAAGUUAUCUGAUCUAAUCAAAGAUCGGUGUGCUGCAUCACAUGCGAAAAAGAAACUGGUGCGAAUGCAGGCUAACACGGAGAAACUUCACUUUUACUUGAUGGCGGCAUUUGACCACUUCACUCGAGACCUCAACACACCAUUUGAUUUCGUUAGAGAGAUGCUUCGGCACAGCCCCGUCUCGCGGAAUUUCGAGGGAAACAUUCUCAGUCUUGCAGUGUUGAUAAAGGAGAGUGCUCCUCAUGUUCCGCUGAGGCAUGAUGCGGAACAGAUAUUCCGAGUCAUUGGGCCGAUGAUAGCAUCGUGUAUAAUGCUUGACGCCGUUAGGCAGAAACUGCCAGGAACCAUCAGUCGAUUGUUGGAUGACCGUUAUGCCAAGUCAUGCAUCGGGGCAAUGCACACCUUUUCAGAGCUGUAUUGGCCUUGUAGCUUCGAGAACCAAGCACUCGGUGAGCUUGGCCGCUGCUGCAACGUCAAGCUGGGUCACAACCCCAAAGGCCAUCAGAACAAGCAGGGCAAAAUCAUCGGCCACGGAGAUUACCAGUCCAGCUUCAAUGUCGCCAUCUUCCAACCCCAAUGGGAGCAUAUUCUACGGGCAAGCCUUAUUCAGGUUCAAUCUGCUAGUUUCCGGCUUGCGCGUGAGUUUCCAGACAGAUCUGAGCUCGAAAUUGCCGCCUUGCUACACCAAGAGCACUUAAAUGAGCUUUAUUCCAAUAACCUAGGUUCCGCUAUGAACUUCAUCAGCUACACAUCGUGUCUCUGCUGCUUAAGAGAGCUUCCUGAAUGCGCGUUGCCUUGUGGGCAUGUGCUUUGCCUCUCGUGCGUCGAGAUAUACGGAUGUAGAACUUCGAGGACCACCAUUGAAAUCAGCCGAUGCCCAAUACACGUACGCGAUGUAAUUUCAAGCCCGCCCUGGGUUGUCACGACGAAGCCGAGAUUUGCUGGCAUCAGAACUUUAUGUUUAGAUGGAGGAGGAAUUCGUGGGAUAAUACAGCUCCAUGUCCUGAGAGAGCUUGAGAAGAUACUGGGUCCUGACCUUCCAGUUCAGCUCUUUUUCGACCUGAUUGUAGGGACAGAUUUCGGUGGUGUCAUUGCCAUUGCCCUGGGUGUGAAAAAAUGGUCCGUUAGCUCCGCUAUCGAGAAAUUCAAGGAUCUCUGCCAUGAAUCCUACAUAACCAGGGGCAUAUCAAAGUUACCGCUUUCUAAGGCAUUGUCGACCUUAUACCAUAAGAGUCUAUACAAAACACAGCCACUUGAAGGUGCUCUCCGCCGAUAUCUAUCUGAGCAGCCCCUGUUCGGAGCUGUAUCUCAUCGUUCUUGGCUUGCAACUUCAGCUAAGGUUGCCAUCACUGCCACAACUGCGGCAGCUCACCAAGAUGUUGUCUUUGCUAACUAUAAUCGCCCCGACCUACCACAAGGAAGUGUACCCUAUCACUUCUCUCGUUCAGAUACACCAUCUAAUGAGAUACGCAUAUGGGAAGCCGCUCGUGCAACGACGGCUACAGCGCCGCUGUUUUCCCCUUUCAAGAAAGCCGAAACUGAUAUUGAGUAUGCGAACGGUGGGACGCAAUGCAUGUGUCCCAUAUUGGUCGCCCAUUAUGAGGCAAAAGCAAUUUGGAAAGACAUGGCUGAUACGCCACCUGAUCUGGUCCUCUCUAUCGGCUCAGGCCGUAAUAUUGGUGACUCCUCCAAAACCGAGCUCGGCAGCCCGACGUCCCUGUAUACCACAACUAAUGACUCUCUUACAACAAAUCAAAUGCCAAGCACAGUGAUCCGUCAGGGCCGAGGCGGUAUGGGGAAUUACAAGCGCCAGAACCCUUCCGGGUCUACAACAUCGGAUUCUCUGGGACAUAAGAAUGCCGCAAGUGGCUACAUUGUGCGUAAUCCUCAGGCGCCGAUGCUGCUAACAUUCAACAAUCCAAUAGCUGGUCAAACAGAUCGCCUUUAUGAUCAGCGAUUAAGCGAGAAAGUGUGGGGUAAUUUCUUGACUACACACGUCAGCCGAAGGACGUCAGUCCGCCGGCGAUAUAGACGUGUUUGCCCGGAGCUAUUUUCGAAACUGCCGAAGUUCGACGAUGUAGCAAAACUUGAUGACGUCGAGCGGGAAGCGCGUGAUGUCCUGCGACAGAACAUAGCGGAACUUGUUGAGAUUGCGCACAGGCUCGUGGCAAGCACUUUCUUUUUCGAGAAAGACAUAGCGAGUGUCAAACAGAGUUCUUUCGGUUUUACAUGCACUGGUGCGGCUCCUCUCCCUUAA